AUGACCAAGCCCAGUCUCCUUGAACUCCCCGCGGGAGUUCAGCUCAUCUACCUCGCCGAGGGCGGGGCAAACGUGAUCUACCGUUUCGUAAAUACCAACGAGAUCCUCCCACCCCAACUGCAAGGCAAACUCCUCCGACUCCGCAAACAAACUGCCGCAGACAUCACCUAUAAGGAGAUCGCCCGCAACUUCGAUACCAUUAUCCGCCCCCUUUUCAAACCAGACGAACUAGUGGACCAGACUCUCAUCCGCCUCCCGGAAAGUCUUCUCGCACGACGCAACGAGCAGCUUCGCGCCGCAGAGCGUAAUGGACAGCGCCCUAAAAAGCGUCAUGGCACUUACCUCUGUUUGAGCGAGCCUUUCGGUUUGCUUGUCACUGACAUGACCGCCGAUAAGGGAUCCACUCUCGCGGAGCUCAAGCCGAAAUGGUUGAAUCAGUCACCCUCGGCACCACCAACGGCACAUAGAUGUCGUACCUGUGCACUUCGGGAGAUGAAAAACCACAUAUCAUUACUACCAGCUAAGGAGCAGAGAUCUUUCUGCCCGCUGGAUCUUGUCUCUGAACAGUAUGAAAGUGUUUUGCGAGCCACGGGCCUGAUCCAAGGAUGUACAGACCGGUCGCGCCUCGCUCAUAUCCUAUUUCGUAAUCCGACGCUAUUGCGAUUACAGUCUUUACAGAAGACCGAGAGGGAAGUUGGAUUGUUAGGACCCCUGGCUCAGUCAAAGGAGAUGUCACUCGCCAUGACGUUGCGAGAUUGCACCAUGUUCGUCAAAAUCCCACAUGACGAGGGAUCACCAGUUGAGAUCCGUCUUGGUGAUCUAGAUUUGAAAACGGGGGCCGGUGGAAAAGCUGGGUACUGGAGAGAUCUCGAGGCUCAACUCAUUGAGCAGGAUUGGUAUCGAGGAUCGACUUGUGGUCAUGACUCAAGUGAGUGCGCUUUACAUUUACAGCGGUCUCUCCCGCGCCCAGCUUGA